CUUUGUGACUGUUGAUAUGCGAAGGAAGUUACUUGUGUACAAACUCUAUUUUAAUAUUAGGUAAGUGGAUACAUUUCUGAAUGAACUUGACAUCAUGAUGUACGUAUUAUUGCAUUUAUUUUUUUGCAAAGAAAAACUCAAAACUACCAACAUUUCCAAUAUGUUUCAAACAAUCCCAAGCUAAUAAUGUUCCCCGAGGUCCCCGGCCCUGAAAUCGGGGUUGCUAGGUUUGCUGAAUAAUUAGGUCAAACACCGUCACGCUAGGCCUUUGUUUUUUUUGUCUUGGCCUUUUGUUUUCUUUGUUUUAAUGACGGUUUGGCCUAAUUAUUCAUCUAACUUGGAUAGGGACGAGGUCAAUAAAAUUUGAACCCCUAAGAAAAAAAAGAUCAAAGUGCAGACACAAACACCCCCCCCCCAAAAAAAAAAAAUUAAGAAAUUUUUGCCUUACCCCUCAGAAAAAAUGCAAAGAUCAAAGGAUGCCGAUGCACACAACCCCUCAGAAAUGGCUUUUUCAAACCCCCUCAGAAAUUCUCGUCUAUAAGGGGGGGUGUACAUUAAAUGGAAUGUCCCCUUACCAACCCUGCCUAAAAUCACUGUGGUUGUGAGGUUCCCUCCCCCCUUUCCAUGAAAUUCAUUCUCUGUUGGCACCAGUAACAUUCCUCACCACUUAUGCUUAAUUUGAUACAUUAUAAUUACAAUGUUUUAUAAAUUUGUUGAUAGAGCUUUUAAACUGGCCUGACUGGAAAGUUUGGAAACUGUGCGCCAGAGAUUUCAAAAAUUUAAUAGUAAUUAUAUGGAAAGUGUCAAAAUUGUGCGCCAGAGAUAUCCGCCGCGCGAUACAAACUUUCCCAACUGGUAAACUGGCAUCAGAGAAAAUCCUUGCCCUAAUCAUAAAUCAACAAUCUCAAUAUUGAACCAUUAGACAUUUAGUGAUAUGGACGAGAAGAAAAGAAAACAUUCACCUUGCAUAAUCGUCCAUGGAGGUGCAUGGUCAAUACCUGACCAUUUACUUGAAGCAUAUUAUACUGGGAUACAAGAGGCAGUGAAGGCAGGUUAUGAGGUCCUGAAGAAUGUAAGCAUAAAUGGACAACUUGCAUGUUAGACUAAAUUUUAAUCUAAGUAAAGAGAAGGGAAUAAAACACAACGGUUAAAAAGAAAUUAAUGAAAUUAGUAAAAUUGCAAAAUUUGGUUGCGAAUUGUUGAAAAAUACAGAAAAUAUAGCCUUGCAAAGUUGGCAUAUUUUCAGUAUAUUUAUAUUACGUGCAGAAAUUGUUACCAUUUUCGGCUCAAAAAUGGUAACAAUUUCCACACAUAAUAUAGUAUACUGAAAAUAUGCAAAUUUCGCAAGGCUAUAUUUUCUGUAUUUUACAACAUUUCGCAAGCAAAUUUUGCAAUUUUACUAAUUUUAAUAAGUUCUUUACGGGAAUUUACUUUUUUUUGCCUAGAUCAAAAAUUAGUCUAACAUGCAAGUUGUCUAUAUCUGCAUGGUACAUACCUAGUACCGUACUUUUAAUUUCUAGUACAUACCUAAGUACCUUACUUUUAGCAAUAUCUCGGAUUUGAACUUUUCAAGAGAAUGGUUUUGAAGACCAUUGGGGGGGGGGGUGAACUCCACCCUUGGCUAUGCUACUGUUCUCUGAGCACCAGCGGUCAAGUCUUACCAGUGCUCCUCCCUCCUGAUAAACACGGAAAUAUUUGCAUGCAUGAACACAGAAAUAUUAUGAACACGGAAAUAUUUGCAUAGCAUGACCAAAUUAAUUGUCGGGCUGGCUUUGCCACUGAUCCCCACCUAAAUGUGCUUGGAAAACAUAUGCCCCCCUUUAAAGAACAUAAUAGAAUAUUGAUGGUUGCUAUUGAUCAUUUAACCAUGCAAGGGUGGUACAGCGUUGGAUGCAGUAGAGAAAGCUGUGAACAGUAUGGAGGACAAUCCAAGCUUCAAUGCAGGUCAUGGAGCUGUUCUCAAUGAGAUUGGCCAAGUGGAAUGUGAUGCAAUGAUCAUGGAUGGAUCAACUUUAAAUUCAGGUCUAUUGAGUAAUUGCUUCCAUAAUAAUAUCCAAAUGCACCAUGAUAAAAGUUUGCGAAGCCUGCAAUAUUUCUUGGUGCACAUGUUCAAACACGCAUCAAGGUGA